UUUUCCCAGGGACACUCGCUCAAAUCACCUGUGUAGUGUCACACUGAAAGCGUUCCGCGGCUAGUAGGGUUAGUUAGGAACACGGCAGUUGUUAGAUAACGUUACAUAAUUGUAUGUUGUGCUAGUGUAACAUUAAAUAUACAGUGGCGUGUUUUUGGUGGUUCUGUUCACAGAGUGACUGUUUGAGUUCACCUGUGUAAAUGCAGAUGCUCUCCAUGUAGUGUGUUCCUUCCCCUCGAGGCUGUCACCAGCUUCUGUGGCUGACAGCAGAGCAGGAUGCCAGACAGUGGGAACCAGUCCUGUCUGAUGGGAGCAGAGGACACCGUCUCCUUCCUGGUGUGUGUGUUUCAUGCAAUGGAGGAAUGGGCAGGCCUUGGGCAGUUGGAGGACUAUCUGAGCGUUUUGGAGUAUCUGCUGUGGGUCUUCACCCCUCUGGCCGUCGUCUUCAUCCUGCCCUUCCUCAUCGUCAUCCUCAUUUACCUCUCUAUACUCUUUCUUCAUGUCUACAAGAGGAAGAAUCAGCUGAGGGAAGCUUACUGCAACAACCUGUGGGAUGGAGCCAGGAAGACCCUGGCGACUCUGUGGGACGGACACGGAGCCAUAUGGCAUGGUUAUGAGAUCCAUGGGAUGGAGAAGAUCCCUGACAAAGGACCAGCACUGAUAGUGUACUAUCAUGGAGCCAUUCCCAUUGACUACUAUUACUUUCUGGCCAAUGUUAUCAUUCAGAAGGGACGGCCCUGUCACUCUGUAGCUGACUACUUCCUCUUUAAGGUCCCAGGUUUCAAGUUACUGUUGGAGGUGUUCAGUGUGAUCCACGGUCCUCAGGAAGAGUGUGUGCGGGCUCUGAGGAAUGGUCACCUGUUGGGGAUUUCUCCAGGAGGAGUGCGGGAGGCUCUGUUCAGUGAUGAGACCUACCCUCUUCUCUGGGGCAAACGCAAAGGCUUCGCCCAGGUCGCCAUCGACGCUCAAGUGCCAAUAAUUCCGAUGUUUACUCAGAAUCUGAGGGAAGGCUUCAGAUCUCUGGGAACACUCAGAUUUUUCCGCUGGAUGUACGAGAGGUUUCGCCUCCCUGUUGCUCCUGUUUAUGGUGGAUUUCCUGUGAAGUUCCGCACCUUCCUCGGUGAUCCCAUCCCAUAUGACCCCAACGUAAACGCUGCAGAGCUGGCAGAGAAGGUGCAGCAGGCAGUUCAGUCUCUGAUAGACCAGCACCAGCAGAUCCCAGGGAACAUCCUGAGAGCCUUGUUGGAGAGAUUUCACACCAAACACAAAGACCACUAACACAGCAGCAGUUCAGCAACAGAGACAGACUACCCAGUAUGUGAGCAAAACAAGGCGUCCCAUUGGCUCAGAUGGUUACAGUGUGCACAGGUUUGGUUGGCCUAGCAUGUUGGAACAUUUGCACAGCUUUCUUCACCGCUUCCAAACAACACCGACUGCAGCUGCUGAGCUCCCUUUUGUUACAUACAUGUUGUUUGUAUCGCACGUUUCUGAUUUGUUUCCAUGUGUGCAUUGACUCCCUUUUUUAUCUGAUGAACUCUUUAAAGAUAUACUUCCUGAAGUUGUGAUAUUGGACUCGACAAUAAUCACACCU